GGCGAAGGCCAGAGGCGGACAGGGCCCGUGAUCUUGGUCUUUUGUGGCAGCUUCUCGCUGUCGCGUAGUCGAAUGGCGUCGGGCGGUUUUGGAGACGAAUGGCCGGCCGCAGUUUGCAUCGCCGUGGUUUUGUGCACAGCAACUCCCUAAGGACAGGGACGGCACAUUCAGAUCCUGAAACACUCAGCACGAGGCCUGUCUAAAUCAGUAGGCCAUCAUGAAACACAGAGCCAUGAAAUAUCAUCAAUUCUAAAAAUAUAUUUGCUGCGUCUCACACGGCCAGUACACGCAACGGCGUUAAUGGAGCUCGGCGAGCACGCAAUCAUGGAAGAUCUCCUCAUCUCCGUCCCCCGCGACGCGUGGCCGGACUCCUUCCCGCUGGCGGUAUCCGACUUCUUCGCCACCGACGGCGCCGGCGCCACCACGUUCGACGACGACUACGCAUUCUUCACAGCUUUUGACACCUCCCCGUCGGAGCCACCCACAAUCGAGUGCUCCGUCGAGGCCGCGCCGGAGCACAGUGAGAGAGUCGGCAUGGCGGAGCUAACGGCGCCCCCAACGGCGAUUGGACUUCCGUCGAAGAAGCAGAGGAAGAAGGCGGAGGGAAUGCCGUCGAAGAAUCUGAUGGCGGAGCGUCGGCGGAGGAAGAGGCUCAACGACCGGCUCUCCUUACUGAGAUCAAUCGUCCCCAAGAUUAGCAAGAUGGACAGAACAUCUAUUCUCGGCGACACCAUUGAUUACAUUAAGGAACUCACGGAGAGGAUCAAACAGUUGCAGGAGGAGAAUCAAAGCGAUCUAUUGGGUCUCUUUAGGGAGACGAACUCCAGUGAGAUGUCACUGAGGAACUGCCCAACAUUCGACGUUGAAAGAAGAGGAAACGAGACGCGAAUAGAGAUGAACUGCGGUGCAAAGUCAGGUCUGUUGUUGUCGACGAUGAACACGCUCGACGGCAUGGGGAUGGAGAUCCAGCAAUGCGUAGUCAGCUGCUUCAAUGACUUUGCCAUGCGCGCUUCUUGCUCUCAGAGGACGGAUCAUAAAGCAAAUGUCAGCCUCGAGGAGACGAAGCAAGCUCUGUUCAGGAAUGCAGGAUAUGGAGGAAGGUGCUUGUAGAAAAUAUGAUGCUUUCCUGGCUUAAUUAUAUUACAGUUCGUGUCUAAUUCCCCUAAUCAGUGUUUCUAAUUAUAUUGUGUGUUAUUAGUAAUUUGAAGAAAAGCAGAACUCUUGUCCUGAUCUCUUUUCUAAA